CAUGAAUCAAGAGUCUACAUUACCUGUAGCCCAGGUCAUUAAGUUGGGAAGGGUCCCCCUUACGGGACCUUUUCGCAAGCACUGGUCGGCAUCCACUGAUCAGGGCAGACCGAAUGUGGAGAGAGAUGAAAGAUGACAGCCUCCAGUGCAAGUUACGUUUGGCUUGCCGAGGCUUCUUGUCCAUGACCCAAAGAGAUGGUGUUUCCCUGGUACUGUCGCUGUCUUUUUCCUCGAGCGCUUGCUUCUGACUUAGUUUUCGAGGAUCCUUAGGAUCAGAGGAAUUCAUGCAACAGGCUGGUUAGCCUGGGAAGACUGCAAAACUGGAGGUAUAAAAGAUAGAAUACCAGACCAAACAUUCCAUGGCAGACGUCAGAACCGGCACGGUAUCAGGCGUUAUCUGGUGGUUUCAGAUAUGUUCAGACACCUUUAAACGUUUUUUUUUCCUGUUCAGCGUGUACUGGGGAUGAUAGAUUCCACUGAUCGAGUCAUAGGUUUCAAGUGGGUUGAGUCCCGCACCGACCAAACCGGUCGGUCCUCGGGACUUGGCCUCCCUCGAGGUGAUCUACUGACCACGAUGAUGUCGAAGCAAAUCGACCCAGAUAUGCACAGCGUGAACAACGUGAUCUCUGCACUGGCCAGCGGUCCGAAAUGGCAAGAGGCCUUCCACAUGUUCAGCAACAUUGACCAGUUCCGCUUGGCGCCCGACCAUGUGACGCACAGCACGCUGAUCGCACAACGGAUGCGGGCCGCCGUGGAGGAAGCCCAACGAGCUCAGCUCGUGACCGGCGUGGUAGGCCUUUAAGGAUCGCUGCGUGUGAUUUUCUAAGGGAGAUGCGUCGCUCACGAGGCAGCGACCCUUUUCACGCCGAACCAUUUUGCCCGUCAAAGUUCGAAGUUGCCCGGCAAAAGCCCGAUGCCACGAUGUCCGCGGUGAAAAACAGGGGCCAUGACCCGUGGCUGCGAUGGCCUUGCGGUGGGUGGCAUCCAUCGAGGUGAUCUGAAACCCGUUUUUUC